AUCAAUUAUCGAUUGGACUCUUCUGCAAGUAGGAGAUCAGCACGCUUACGAUGAAACUCUUUAUUGCUUUGUUUGCCUUGGUAGCUGUCGCAAGCGCCGAUGUCAGCCAUUUGGUUAAUACCCAAUAUUUGCCUCCCCAACAAGGUUCUUAUUCCGCCCCUGCUGCUACCUACCAUGUUGCUGCUUCAGCACCCGCUGUAAGCUAUAGCGCUCCUGCCGUAAGCUACAGCGCCCCUGCAACUACCUAUCACGCAGCUGCUUCCGCACCUGCUGUAAGCUAUAGCGCUCCCGCAGUCACCUAUCAAUCAGCUCCCGCUGUUUCUUACUCUGCCCCUGCUGUCGCUCAAACCUACUCAGCUCCCGCUGCCACUUAUUCCGCUCCAGCUGCCACUUACUCUGUUGCCCAAUCAGCUCCAGCUGUUUCAUACUCCGCCCCAGCUGUCACUUCAUACUCAGCUCCCGCUGUAUCCUACAGUGCUCCAGCUGCAUCUUAUCAAACUUAUGAAGCUGCUGCUCCUACUGCUACCUUCUCUGCCAGUGAAGGUUACCGUUACAAGACCAACAAGCGCAGCCGUCGCCAUCGUCGUGAUGUCAGCACUGAAUAUUUGCCACCUGUAGCUGCCCAAUCUGCCCCAGCUGUCACCUACUCUGCUCCUGCUGCCACCUACUCUGCUCCUGCUGUCACUUACUCUGCUCCAGCCUCCGCCCCUGCUGUCUCCUACUCCGCCCCAGCUGCCACCACCUACUCCGCCCCUGCUGUCUCCUACUCCGCCCCAGCUGCCACCUACUCCGCUCCAGCUUAUGAAUCCUAUGAAUCUGCCGGUUCUGCUCCAGCUCAUUCUUACUCUGCAGCUGAAGGUUAUCGUUACAAGACCCAAAAGCGCCGUGUGGUUAAAACUGCCCGUCGUCAUCGUCGUGAUGUUUCCACUGAAUAUUUGCCACCUGUAGCUGCCACCACCACUUAUGAAGUUGCUGCUGCUGCCCCUUCAACCUACGAAGUUGCCGCUGCUGCCCCAUCCACUUCCUACUUGGCCCCUGCUGCCACUUUCCAAAGUGUUGAGGUUGCUGCCCCCGCUCACAGCUACUCCGAUGCCGAAGGUUAUCGUUACAAGACCCAAAAGCGCCGUGUGGUUAAAACUGCCCGGCGUCAUCGUCGUGAUGUUUCCACUGAAUACUUGCCACCUGUAGCUGCCACCACCACCUAUGAAGUUGCUGCUGCUGCCCCUUCAACCUACGAAGUUGCCGCCGCUGCCCCAUCCACUUCCUACUUGGCCCCUGCUGCCACUUUCCAAAGUGUUGAGAUUGCCGCCCCCGCUCACAGCUACUCCGAUGCCGAAGGUUAUCGUUACAAGGCCCAAAAGCGUCGUGUUGUCAAAACUGCCCGUCGUCAUCGUCGUGAUGUCUCCACUGAAUAUUUGCCACCUGUAGCUGCCACCACCACUUAUGAAGUUGCUGCUGCUGUUCCAUCUACAUCCUACUUGGCUCCAGCUGCCACUUUCCAAAGUGUUGAGGUUGCCGCCCCAGCUCACAGUUUCUCCGAUGCCGAGGGUUAUCGUUAUAAGACCCAACGUAGCCGCGUUCUCCGCCGCCACCGCAAUUAA